CAAUGUUAUAUAGCCUUCCGUUGCCAUGCAGACUGCGAUCCCCUGGAGCGCCAACCUCUGUUCUGAAUGCCUGCGCCCUUGUGCCUCCCUGUCUGUUUGCCUCCGAUUCUGCCAGAUCGCUCGAAUCCCUCCACACCCCCGACGCUGGUUGGACGGCGCGACUGCCACAUUACGAGCUCGGGCGCUCCUCUCAGGGUCCCCGUCUCACAUAUUUAUAGUGCGUCGUCCUCUCCGGAAAGCACACUUGGCGAACAGCAAAGGAGAGCAUCAGGGGGAACUCAGGUGACAGACGACGUGAGGACGGAUACAGGAAAGCCACACAAAAUGGACCAUUGCGCAAGAAGCAACAUGUGACAUUCUCAGCAAGUCAAACAAGUUAGAGUGCAACGUUUGGGACAAAGCUCACACUUCACUCGUACCGAGUUUGGUCCACCUGCCCGAUCACCAUGGAAGACACUGAAUUUUGUGUUCAGCAGCUCCAGCCCAACAUAAUUUCUGUAAGGCUUUUCAAAAGGAAAGUGGGUGGCCUUGGGUUUUUGGUGAAGCAGCGGGUUUGUAAGCCUCCUAUUAUCAUAUCAGACUUAAUCAGAGGUGGGGAGGCAGAAGAAAGCGGCCUGGUUCAAGUUGGAGACAUUGUUCUGGCUGUCAACAACUGCCCUGUGGUAGAUAUGAAAUACGAGAGUGCUUUAGAAAUGCUGAAAAACAUUUCUCCCGAGACACAUGUGGUCCUGAUCUUGAGAGGCCCAGAAGGAUUUACCACUCACCUGGAAACUACUUUUACUGGGGAUGGAAGGCGAAAAACCAUCCGGGUAACCAGGCCCCUCUUUCCAUUCCCUUUUCAACCUGAAGGCUCCACAGUGGAUGUGUGCAGCAGCAGAGACAGUGGGCAAGUGCUAAGCCCUAUGAUACAGAUCAAUGGUGUUGUUUCUUCCCUCAUUAGCCAGAACACUUUAAAAGAAGACAGUUGUGCUACAGAUCUCGACCCAGGCUCUUUGGUCAAUGGAGGAGCUGAAAAUAAUGACCUUCUUAAAGAAAUUGAGCCAGUGCUCAAUCUGUUAAACAGCAAAAAGGAGAACUCUGGGGAAAAUGUAUUGAAAAUGGAGAAGAAGGACAUAGGUGUCCAGGUCGACAGAGAUACCCUGAAGCUUGCUGCUGAUACGGACAGAGUUUUUGAAGACCUGUGGAGUAGGAAGAACAUGCCAGUGGUCCUAAAUAAUCCUUAUUCUGAGAAGGAGCAGCCUCAGACUCCAGGAAGGUCGUCACCAACCAAGAAUUUAUCAAAUGAAAGUCCUACACGGUGCCCCAAAUUCAUGAAAGUGAAGAACUGGGAGACAGGAUGCGUGUUCAGUGACACUCUGCACUUGAAUUCCAGUAAGCUACCAAUUUGUACUCCACAAGUAUGCAUAGGCUCAGUGAUGGUCCCCAACCAGCACAUCCGCAAGCCUGAUGAAUUGAGACCAGUGGGAGAUCUUUUGCUUUUGGCUACCGAUUUCAUUGACCAGUACUACACUUCCAUCAAAAGAUUUGGCUCUAAGGGUCACACCAGCCGGCUGGAGGAAGUGACUAAAGAAAUUGAAACUACGGGCACUUAUCAGCUGAAAGACACUGAACUCAUCUAUGGAGCCAAACAUGCUUGGAGAAAUGCAUCCCGGUGCAUCGGCAGAAUACAGUGGUCUAAGCUACAGGUGUUUGAUGCACGGGACUGCACAACAGCACAUGGCAUGUUUAAUUACAUCUGCAACCACAUCAAGUAUGCUACGAAUAAGGGCAACCUCAGAUCUGCAAUCACAAUAUUUCCACAGCGAACAGAUGACAAGCAUGAUUUCCGCAUCUGGAACAGCCAACUGAUUCGUUAUGCUGGCUACAAGCAGUCAGAUGGGUCUGUACUAGGUGAUCCUGCCUCAUUGGAGCUUACCGAGAUCUGCAUACAGCAGGGCUGGAAGGCACCAUACGGUCGUUUUGAUGUUCUUCCUUUGCUGCUUCAAGCCAAUGGCAAUGAUCCGGAGCUGUUUGAGAUUCCUGCAGACCUUGUAUUAGAAGUGCCUAUCCAGCAUCCCAGGUUUGAAUGGUUCACAGAUUUAAAUCUGAAGUGGUAUGGUCUGCCAGCUGUGUCCAGUAUGCUGCUAGAGAUAGGAGGGCUGGAAUUCACUGCCUGCCCUUUCAGUGGCUGGUACAUGGGAACUGAGAUCGGCGUCCGUGAUUACUGUGAUAGCUCUCGCUAUAACAUCAUUGGGGAUGUUGCACAGAAAAUGGGUCUGGAAACCCAAAAAACAUCCUCUUUGUGGAAGGAUCAAGCCCUGGUAGAGAUCAACAUUGCUGUCUUACAUAGCUUCCAGAGUUCAAAGGUCACCAUUGUGGACCACCAUUCUGCUACUGAAUCUUUCAUGAAGCACAUGGAGAAUGAGUUCAGGGUACGAGGAGGAUGCCCUGGUGAUUGGGUCUGGUUAGUUCCUCCCAUGUCAGGCAGCAUUACUCCAGUAUUUCACCAAGAGAUGCUGAACUAUCGGCUGACACCUUGCUUUGAGUACCAGCCUGAUCCCUGGCACACUUACAUAUGGAAGGGGGUGAAUGGAACACCAACCAAGAAAAGAGCAAUUGGUUUUAAGAAACUAGCCAAGGCUGUCAAGUUUUCUGCCAAGCUGAUGGGCCAGGCAAUGGCAAAGAGAGUAAAAGCAACAAUACUGUACGCCACAGAAACGGGCAAAUCCGAAGCCUAUGCAAAAACCUUAUGUGAAAUCUUCAAACAUGCUUUUGAUGCAAAGGUGAUGUUCAUGGAUGAAUACGAUGUUGUGCACUUGGAGCAUGAAACAUUGGUGUUGGUGGUAACUAGUACCUUCGGCAAUGGAGACCCCCCAGAAAAUGGUGAAAAAUUUGGUUGUGCCCUAAUGGAGAUGAGGCAUCCACACUCAAAUUCAGAGGAGAGAAGGAGCUACAAGGUUCGUUUCAACAGCGUGUCUUCCUACUCAGAAAAUCGUAAAUCCUCCAGCGAUGAACCAGAACCAAAAGAUCAAUUUGAGAGCACUGGUCCCCUUGCAAACGUCAGGUUUUCAGUUUUUGGUCUUGGCUCCCGAGCCUAUCCCCACUUCUGUGCCUUCGCUCGUGCUGUAGACACUCUUCUGGAGGAGCUAGGAGGAGAACGCAUCCUGAAAAUGGGAGAAGGAGAUGAACUCUGUGGCCAGGAAGAGUCUUUUCGAACAUGGGCCAAAAAGGUCUUUAAGGCUGCCUGUGAUGUUUUCUGUGUGGGAGAUGAUGUAAACAUAGAAAAAGCCAAUGAUUCUUUAAUUAGCAAUGACCGUAGCUGGAAGAGAAGCAAGUUCCGUUUGAGCUACACUGCUGAGGCUCCUGUGCUGACACAAGCGUUGUACAGAAUUCACAAAAAGAGAGUCUUUGGGGCCAGACUAAUAAAUCGGCAAAAUCUGCAAAGUCCUAACUCCAGUCGCUCAACAAUCUUCCUACGUCUCCACACCAACAAUCACAAGGAACUGCAGUACCAGCCCGGUGAUCAUCUAGGCAUCUUCUCGGGUAACCAAGAUGACCUUGUUAUGGGUUUGCUGGAAAAACUUGAGGAUGCGCCACCACUGAACCAGAUUUCGAAACUGGAGUUCUUGGAAGAGAAAAGCACGGCACUAGGAGUGAUCAGUAACUGGACAGAUGAGAGUCGCAUCCCCCCAUGUACUGUAUUCCAAGCCUUCAAAUAUUUUCUGGACAUCACUACUCCACCUAGCCCUUUACUCCUUCAGCAGUUUGCAUCACUUGCCUCAAAUGACAAGCAGAGGAAGAGGCUGGAAGUUCUCAGCAAGGGCCUGCAAGAGUAUGAGGAAUGGAAGUGGUACAACAAUCCAACUCUGGUGGAGGUCCUUGAGGAGUUUCCAUCGUUGCAGAUCCCAACCACAUUGCUGCUCACCCAGCUGCCUCUCUUGCCACCACGCUACUAUUCCAUUAGCUCUUCUCCUGAUUUGUAUCCUGAUGAAAUUCAUCUCACUGUGGCAGUGGUGUCUUACCGCACAAGAGAUGGGGAUGGACCUCUCCACCAUGGAGUCUGUUCUUCUUGGCUCAACAGGAUAGAAACAGAUGAGAUGGUGUCCUGCUUCGUUAGAAGUGCCCCUUCUUUUCGGAUGCCUCCUGACCCCAAGGUUCCUUGCAUCUUGGUGGGGCCUGGAACGGGUAUUGCCCCCUUCAGAAGCUUUUGGCAGCAGCGCCUCUACGAUACUGAGCAGAAUGGAAUUAUAGGAAGCCCUAUGAUCCUUGUAUUUGGGUGUAGACAAGCCAAAAUUGAUCACAUUUACAAGGAAGAAACACUACAAGCCAAAAAUAAAGGCGUUUUUGAAGAACUUUACACAGCUUACUCAAGAGAACCUGGAAAGCCAAAGAAAUAUGUCCAAGAUGUCCUGCGCGAGCAGCUGGCAGAGACAGUGUACAGGACUCUUAAGGAACAAAAUGGCCACAUUUAUGUGUGUGGAGAUGUCACCAUGGCUGGGGAUGUCCUUAAAACCAUCCAGCACAUUGUGAAGGAGCAAGGGAAUAUGUCUCUAGAGGAUGCCGGCUUUUACAUCAGCAGAUUGCGGGAUGAGAACCGAUUCCAUGAGGACAUCUUUGGUGUCACAUUAAGAACCUAUGAGGUGACCAAUCGUCUUCGCUCAGAAUCCAUUGCAUUCAUAGAGGAGAUUAAAAAAGACUGUGAUGAGGUUUUCUGCUCGUAGAGAAAAUUCAUGUGGAGCCACUCAGAGGCAACAGAGCACUUGCAGCUUAUCCACAAUACUGUGCAGGAAGGUUUUUUUUUUGUUUUGUACAAAUAAUGAUGCAACAGCCACUCCGUUUUCUACAACCAAUGUUUUGUCAUUCCAUGGAUGUGUACUAUGACUGUCCCUUUUCUGCUAGUCUUUUUAUUUUUGGCAACAAAAAAGAGAAGAAUAAGGAAUAUAUAAUCCAGUUGUGUGUGCAUGAAUAAAUAUAAAUGCUUUUCAUGGAAAUGGUUACUUUCACUUUCGGACAUGGGCUAUGUCUUGUUCUGCCUCCUUUUGGUAGCACCAAGACUGUAUGUGAGUCCCAGUUGCAAAGAGAGAUGCUUGCUUCUGUUGACCGGCCCAGUGGACGGUGUCAUAUUGUGAGGAGAAGACCAGUAUGUUGGAGUCAUUUGAUGACUUGUCAGUAAUAGAA